CCAAUAAAUUGUUAUUUUUUUCUGUCUUUCGAGACACCUCUUGUCUACCGAUUAACAUUUUCGACCUUCAAAACUGUUUGGACAUUUUAUCGGAGUUGUUAAUCAAUUGUUUCACCGUGAUUCUCUGCUGACACGCCCUCGAAUACGAAAAGGCACGCUAGUUUAUGAUUGGUGGGCACUUGCGCGCUGACAAAACAGGAAACUAGUUUAAGAGGAGAUAAACUGGUCGAAUAACCUUUGUACACUUACGAUUGUCUGCAUUUGAAAUCGUCUUCGACAAGGUAAAAAAUGGCUUACGCGGGAUAUGGCGCCGCCCCGGGAGGAAUGCAGCAGGAUCCUCUCUAUGGAUACUUUGUGGCUGUCGCAGGGCAGGACGGCCAGAUCUCCUCUGAUGAGCUGCAACGAUGCCUCACUCAGUCCGGCAUCUCUGGCACUUAUCAACCCUUCAACAUAGACACCUGCAGACUGAUGAUCAACAUGCUGGACCGAGAUAUGUCAGGUACCAUGGGCUUCGCUGAGUUCAAAGACCUGUGGCAGGCGCUCAAUGCCUGGAAGAACAUUUUCAUGUCCUUUGAUCGCGACCGCAGUGGUACGGUGGAGGCUCAGGAAAUGCAACAAGCCAUUAAAUCUCUGGGUUACAAUUUGAGCCCUAACGCUCUGAACAUGAUAAUGAAGCGCUACAGUGUCAACGGAAGAAUCCCCUUUGAUGAUUUUGUGAGCUGUUGUGUUCGACUCCGUGGGUUGACCGAUCAUUUCCAACGCCGUGACACAUCUCGAAAUGGCAGCGCCAACUUCCAUUAUGACGACUUUAUCCAGGUGACCAUGAGCAUGUGAGGAAGGACUUGUGGAGGGGGAUGCCUUUUUUAUAUACAUUUUUUUUAUUCUGAUGUAUUUUGUUUCAACAGUGGAACCUUCAAAUUCUGUAAUUCUGCCUUUUUCUAACUUGACAACUUCAUUACAUUCCCAGAAUGACCAAAAACAACCAGUAGCAGUGGCUUUGUGCACAAACUGCACAUUUUAAAACCACAUUUUAGGCAAGUCGUCAUCAUGACAGUACUUCCUGGUUUUAUAUACAUUUAACUUUAUGAGACGGUUUGACUCUGGCAUAGUUUAAGUCAACAUAUAUUCUUUCCCUGCAUAUUUGCAAUACUGGAAUUCACAGGUUUUUAGGGGAAACUAUUUUUCACUGAUAUCACUCACUGACUUUGUGUCCGGUCAAGGCCACGUCUCAUGCAAAAGUAGUGCUUCAGCUCCACCUCAUGACAUCAAAUCGCAAUUCUAAAUCUCAUUUUAAUGGAUUUUGAAUUGUGAGAAAUUAUAUAAAUUCUGACUGGGAUAUGAUGUACAAUGAAACAUGUUUGAUUUAAGAGGUUCCGCUGUGUAAUCAAUAUUUGUGUAACACCACUAUUUUUUUCACUCACGAUUAACAUUAACGCAUUACUGAGCACCAUCAAUGUAUUUUUACAUUGUUUAUCAAGAUUUACACUCAUUUAUGUAUUAAAUUGUAAUGUAGAAAAGGUGCUAUGAAACUUGUCGGUUCAAGUUGGUCCUCAGACGACAGCAGAUUUCAUGAACUGGAAGGCAAA